AUGUCCGACGCUACCGUAACUACUGACGUUGAUUCAGUGCUGAACCAGCCAUUCGAGGCUAUUGAUGGUAGCCAUGCCUUCGAUAUCGCGACGAACGUAAAUCGUGAAGGAAGCAACAAGUUUUCCAAAGUUUUGUCAACAAAAUGGCAAGGAGACGUCGCUGUACCUCAUGGAGGCUAUAUGUUGUCCGUAUCGUUGGAGGCACUGUCACGAUUCUACGAUGGAAUUCAUCCUCAUCCUGUGUCUGCUACUUGCUACUAUGCGAAACCAGCGAGAACAGGCAAACGAGUCGACAUAGAUAUUCAUGAACUUCGACGAGGAAGGCAGUUUUCAACCGCUAUAGCUCGAAUGUCUCAAAAUGGCCAACUCAUAACACAUGUUGUUGCCACGUUUGGCGAUUUGUCUCAGACCAAAGGCUUGGCUACUGUUAUCAUGGACAGUCCCAACAAGGUGGUUCAUCCACGCGAGUGCAUAGCGUCAAGGUCUGGAGGUGUCAUUGCGAGGCAAUGUCACUUGCUCAGUGACCCACGAGAGAAGCCCGUUUCGAAGGAUAGGGCCGAAAGAAGGCACUGCAUUAGAUUCAAGGAUGGACGUGCACCGUGCGUUAAAAGUCUUGCUUUCUUCGCUGAUGCGUUUACGCCCCCAACCUGGAAAUACGGCAUGGCCUUCCUUGGCGGCAAGGUGUGGACACCAACUGUCGAGCUCAACAUUCAAUUCCGAAAAGCAGUGAUCAAUCCAGGCUGGCUGAAACAGCACAUCUAUACGCGGUUUUUGUUAAAUGGAAGAUUUGAGGUGGACAUGGACAUCUUUGAUGAACAGGAUGAACUAGUAUGCGUUGCGAGACAAAUGGGAAUCACUCUUUCACAUGAGAAACAGACUUCCAAAUUAUAA